UUUUUCCAAACAACUCCAUGACUAUUUUUGGUGUGUAGUCCAGAGAAGUUCAAGGACCAUUUCAGAAGAUCAAAAUACCAUCACACAAACAAAAGGAACAAUCUUUUCCAGCAAAAUUUCUCCAAACUCAUACAUUUUGUGACUCUCUGAUGCGCAGACUCUUCAAACCUAGCCAUGCAUAUCUAUGUGCUGCAUUUAGAAGCCCGAAAGCUCUCGUUCCAAUUUCUCUUCUCCACAACGCGGGCUACAUUGCCAACCGGGUUGAAGAACUUCAAUCAUCGAAAUCCAUAAGCCAAUCAUCAGCGAAGAGAAGUGAACCGUCGGAUUUUGUUGUACCCUCCAAAGGGACUAAGGAAUCAAGGGUCAGGAUUCAGCAUCCAUGGUCGGAGUGGGUGAACUUGAUGGAGUGCUUGUUGAAUAAAGGGUAUUUUGUUGCAGAUGGGAGUCCAUUUGAGGAAGGUGAAUUGGCUUGUAAGGAAUCGAAUUAUAUCCGCACAGCAUGCCUUAAAUUUGCUAGGGACCGGUAUAGUCUUAUCAGGUACCUGUCCCGGAAAGAGAUCAAGGUUAUUGCUGAAUGUGGAUGCCCAAGUCUAGACAGGAAAGUGGUAAACUCAGGGAAGCGUCUAAGGGCUUACGUCCAAAUUGAUGAAGAGAAUGUUUGCAGCUCGUGCAAUUUAAGGGGAAACUGUGAUAGGGCAUAUGUGCCUUCACGCAAAGAUGAAGGUGGACGGACUGUGGAUGUAAUGCGUAUUCUGUUAACAUAUGGGCUCAAUCCCAUUACUCAUACAGUGGAGAACAGAUCAUGUGAAAAUGAAAUUGUUAAAGAAGCAGUGAGAAGACUGCUGAAAGAAAUGGUGAAGUUCAGCACACUUUCAGAAAAGUGUGAAUCUAGCUCAGAGGAAAAAGACCACAAAGAACUUCCAAUGAAGCAAGGCGAUUGGCACUGUCCCAGAUGUAACUUCCUCAAUUUUGCCAGAAAUGCUAAGUGCUUACGCUGUGAUAUUUAUUCCCAGAAGACUCAAGAAUUAAGUGAAGAUCAGAAUUUUCUUCCAAUGAAGAAAGGAGACUGGAUAUGUGACGAAUGCAAUUUUUUGAAUUUUGCAAAGAAUACAAGAUGUUUCCAAUGCAAAGAGAAGCCUUCAAAGCGGCAGCUCCAUCCAGGGGAAUGGGAAUGCGAAUCAUGCAACUUCAUCAAUUUCAGAAGAAACAUGGUAUGCUUGAACUGUGAUCAUAGGCGCCCAAAGGCAUCAAAUGCUUCCGACAUGUCUGCACGCCCGCAGCGACAGAGUGGAGGGCAUCGUAAUCAUAACAGAUGGGGAUUUGUUGACAGUGGAAUUGAAGUAAUCUCUAGUAAAUCUGUCAGACAAGGGAGUAAAAAUCAGAAGAGAGGUUCAAUUUUGUGGAGAUUUGCAGAGGAGGAGAGCAAUGACGAAAUCAGUUCCAUUUCUAGGAAUGAGGAUUCAAGAUUUCUAGAUUUUCCAAUUGAAGGAGGCAAGAGUGCCUUGUCCCAGAAUCCAAAAAAUAGGGAAAAAUGGAAGUUGGAGAUGUUAGAGAGGAGGCAAAAUGCUGCAAUAACAAGAGAAAUUAAUGAUCCAAUUCAGUCCUCCCAUAAACAGAGAGGUUUAAAGCUUCCUGAAUCUAUGGAUGACAAAGAGAUGGCUGAUUGGUUUGGUCAUUAGAAAGCACAGGGCCAGACUGAAGAUGAGCCUGUCUGUACCAUGGAAACAGCAUAAUGUAAGUGAGUUGACUAAUAAUGAAUACUUGUUUAGCCAACUCAAAGGUCAUAAGAAGUAUCAGGAGAUAUUUUUUGCUCA